UUAUACCGCUGUUUUUGCGCUUUUCUGACACAGUUACCGCCAUACAGUCUGUUUUCCUCCAACAACAAUCCCUGACUUGAAUUGCCGUCUCGUUCGUUGCCGUUUAUGCAUAUUUCCGUAAUCACCGCAUAUUAGACUACGAUACCGGCCGGUCUUAUGCCGCCGUGACCUUUCCGUUUAUUUUGCUCUGCCAUAAAUUAUGGAAACCCCCGGCGUCGAGGAGAGAAGCGACACGGAAAGGGCGAAGGUGGUCACUCGUGCGCUUAUAUCGCGACGAUGGCUGUUCCUCGCUGUGAUAUUCUUUCUGGGACUAUUCCUUCACUUGAGCUAUCCAAGGCAUCUCCCUUUAUAUGGAAGCUCUGUGCCUGACUUCCCCCGAAGACUUAGCAAAAAUUCGUGUGGAACCGACGGUGUUCAUGUAACCGGCGUGGCUGGAAAUGAGACCAGAGCCAGGAUGCUGCGGGAAAACGCCGCACGCCUGUCUUACUGGGUGGACCUCCGUCGUUACUUCGACAGCACCACCUAUGAAGCCUUCUUCCCGGACGCCACCAAUGACCUCUCCCAGGAUGCACUGGCUGUCGGCUGGUUGGGCUACUUCGUCUCGUUGCCGUUUGGUGCCAUCGCCUUCUUCGUAUUAAAAAUGUGGCCAACCCUCAUCGUUUUUAUUUGGAUGUGGUUCCGUUGGACCGAAUGUCACACCGACGCCCCCGAAGGGCGCCAACCGCCGGUCGAACAAGAAGACACACCGGUGUCCAAUUACCUCUAUAUAGCAGCCGGCUAUUGCGUCCUGUCCGGUGCCUGGAUCAUGGCGACACGGACCAGCUGGAAUGUCCUCUUUCCCGAGCACGCCUCCCUGCCGUUGAAUAUCGCGGCGAUAUUGGCCUGCAUCCCCGGGACGGUGUGGCUGUGGAAGACGGUGCGACAGGCGGGAUAAGCCGACAAGUUUCGCGCGCGCGAGGGUUACGGGGUGAUUUCAAGCGACGAUGCAAUGUGCGAAUACCACCGUCAUGGGAUUGCCGGCACCUGUUACGUAAUAUUUUUAUUUUCACCAUUGGUUUCAAAAAAUAACCAAGCUGGUACGAUAAUCUGGCCUGUAACUUGAUUCAUGGCGUUACAUAGCGGUAGUAGUUGACCAUCCAGUUCACAUUGAAAUUAUUAUUAUUAGUUUUAUUAGUUGAAAUUCUGUUCACAACUUGCUGUCCUUUUUCGGCAUAUUUGUACAAUUCGGGUUUGUACAUCUUUGUACCGUUUGCUUCCAUUUAGCUCAAAUUUUGCUGCAAAUCUUGUUCCGCCUUGUACGAUCGGGUAUCAAAACAUGCCGUGAA